GGGGUGCGCUGGCGGGAUGGCGGCCGUGGGAGCGGUGGUGGGGUUGGGGAAUGCUGACUUCUCGGACUUACGGGAGAUCAAGAAGCAGUUGCUGAGCGUGGCGGAGCGCAGCCGUGAGCGCGGCUUGCAGCACAGUGGGAAAUGGGCCUCCGAGCUGGCCUUCGCCCUGGAGCCGCUGCUGCUGAGCGAGCUGCCGCCGCCGCCCGCGCUCACGGAGGAGGAUGCUCGUGAUCUGGAUGCCUAUACAUUAGCCAAAUCUUACUUUGAUCUAAAGGAAUAUGACAGAGCUGCAUAUUUCUUACGGGGCUGCAAGAGUCAGAAAGCUUACUUCUUGUAUAUGUACUCUAGAUACCUGUCAGGGGAAAAGAAGAAGGAUGAUGAGACAGUGGAUAGUUUGGGACCACUGGAAAAAGGACAGGUGAAAAAUGAAGCUCUACGAGAGCUUAGAGUUGAGCUCAGUAAGAAGCACAAAGCACAGGAACUGGAUGGAUUUGGCCUUUAUCUGUACGGUGUUGUGCUGCGGAAGCUGGACCUGGCUAAAGAAGCAAUAGAUGUAUUUGUUGAAGCUACUCAUGUCUUACCUUUGCACUGGGGAGCUUGGCUGGAACUUUGCAACUUGAUUACAGAUAAAGAGAUGUUGAAGUUCCUGUCCUUGCCAGAUACGUGGAUGAAAGAGUUCUUUCUUGCACACAUUUAUACAGAGCUCCAGCUGAUAGAGGAGGCUCUGCAGAAGUAUCAGAGUCUCAUCGAUGCAGGAUUUUCUAAAAGCACAUAUAUCAUCUCUCAGAUUGCAGUUGCCUACCACAAUAUACGAGAUAUUGACAAAGCUUUAUCUAUCUUUAACGAGCUACGGAAACAAGAUCCUUACAGAAUAGAAAAUAUGGAUACUUUCUCCAACUUGCUGUAUGUCAGGAGCAUGAAGCCUGAACUGAGCUACCUGGCUCACAAUCUCUGUGAGAUAGACAAGUAUCGUGUUGAGACCUGCUGUGUAAUUGGAAAUUAUUAUAGCUUACGUAGCCAGCAUGAAAAAGCAGCACUGUAUUUCCAGAGAGCCUUGAAACUGAAUCCUCGUUAUCUGGGAGCCUGGACGCUUAUGGGACAUGAAUACAUGGAAAUGAAGAACACAUCUGCUGCUAUCCAGGCUUAUAGACAUGCAAUAGAGGUGAACAAAAGGGAUUACAGAGCCUGGUAUGGUUUGGGACAAACCUAUGAAAUCCUCAAAAUGCCAUUUUACUGUCUCUAUUAUUACCGACGGGCCCACCAGCUCAGACCCAAUGAUUCUCGUAUGCUGGUUGCCCUAGGAGAAUGCUAUGAGAAACUCAAUCAGUUGGUGGAAGCUAAAAAGUGUUACUGGAGGGCUUAUGCUGUGGGAGAUGUGGAGAAAAUGGCAUUGGUGAAACUAGCAAAGCUGCAUGAACAGCUGAAUGAAUCCGAACAGGCUGCUCAGUGUUAUAUCAAAUACAUCCAGGACAUCUAUUCCUGUGGGGAGAUAGUGGAGCACCUGGAGGUUAGCACUGCCUUCCGUUACCUUGCCCAGUACUACUUCAAGUGUAAGCUCUGGGAUGAAGCCUCAGCUUGUGCUCAGAAAUGCUGCUCAUUCAAUGAUACUAGAGAAGAAGGAAAGGCACUGCUGCGGCAAAUCUUACAGCUUCGCAACCAAGGAGAGACCUCCUCCACAGAGAUUGCUACUCCCUUUUUCCUCCCAGCAUCACUGUCAGCCAAUAGCACUCCCACACGUCGCGUCUCCCCGCUCAAUCUAUCUUCUGUUACACCGUGAGCAAUGCUGGCACCUCUGACCUGUGCAUUGAAUGUGACAUUGUGGAUGGGGCUUGCAACCACCUAGCUCUUUCCAAUGAAAUUUUUAUGUUCAGUGUUGCCUUCACAGGUAAGGAAGUAGGGUAAAGAGUGACUGGAGCCCACAGCUGAAGACAGGUGUGCCCAAACAGGCAAAAGUGCAACCUUUGUGAAAGUGCCUACUCAGAUAUGUGAGAACAUGCUGUACUUUUCACCAAGUUAUUACAGUCGAGAGUAGAUGUGUUCCAAUACACGAGUCUACUAACAGGUCCUAGGAAGAGAUUGACUUCAUGAGUUUGUGUGCCUCUGAAUAACUCUGGACAAUCUUCUAUCUGCCUGGCUGCUUAAGCAUUUUUGCCUGUCUUGAAUUACAGAAGUGAUGAAGCAGUAUGAGACAAACAAAUCCAUGUCUAUAUUAAAGGACUGAAAAGUGUAAGGAAUUUCGGACAACCAUAAAGGACACCUGUUUGUCAGAACCACAGGUAAAACAGCAGAUAUUUUGACUGAGUAGAAAGGCAGCCAGUGGGAUAGCACAAUUUCAAAAAAAUAAAAUGAUUAAGUUACUGUC